UCUCACCCUUUUCUCCCCAUGACUAAAACCAUUGCUAAAUAACCAACAUGAAGAACACCAUCAAAUGCUGCAUAUCAUGCAUUCUUCCUUGUGGAUCACUCGACGUCGUUCGAAUCGUCCACUCCAACGGCCGCGUUGAGGAAAUCAGUGGCACGGUCUACGCAUCCGACAUCAUGAAAGCAUACCCGAAACAUGUCCUCAAGAAACCCUCUUUCCCAUCGUAUACUGAUGACGGAAGAGUCAGUUGUCCGGAGAUCGUGAUUCUUCCCCCGGACGCUGAGCUCAGGCGCGGGAAGAUUUACUUUCUCAUGCCAGCUCCUCCUCUUCCUCCUCCUCCUCCUCCUCGUUCCAAGAUCAGAAAAAAGAAGAAAGAGGUAGUGGUUGUGAACAAUGAUAACGGUGGUUCGUUAUCGGAUCGUUAUUUGACGGAGAUUUUGUCCGAGAAGGUCGUUUCUACGCAAAGGGAUCGGAAGAGAGGGCGUGCCGGGGUGUGGAGACCUCAUUUGGAGAGUAUUUGUGAGGGUACAAGUGAUAAUUCCUAAAUCAAUUCUCUCAUUCAUAUUUCAUAGUUACUUAUUAAUUAGGGUUACAAAGCUUCUUGAUUUAUCGUUUUAUUCCAAUACCUUUUUAAGCUUUGGGUGCUUUUUUU